CUUACUGCUAAACUACGUUAGUACAAUAUGUUAGCAUCAAAACGUCCCGCAAUUACUCUCAAUGUGAAGGCUAUGAUCUCAAGAACGCUAUCGCGAGCAGGCUUCGGCUUCCCGUCAUCGCUUUCACACUCCACUCCAUUCUCCUUCUGUACCAGACGAUUGCCGAACUUCUCCAGGCAGAGACAACAACUUUGCAAAGCGAUUUCGACAAUGGAGUUCUUCAUUUUUAUGUUCAUAUGGGUGCCUUUCCGACCAAGAGAAAGGCCGAGGACAUCCUUGAGAGCGACCGGCGGAAGAUGCCUCGCAACGGGCAAAUUGUGGCUAAUGUCAAGGCUGUUAGGAAGCUGCUGAGAGCGUGCGGGCCGCCAAGCAAGGUGGCGGGUACAUCGCUUAGCAAGCUAGACAUGGAGUCACUGCAGGCAAGCAACCUCUUCUUGGACGGAGGGGAGCGGACUGGACUCCCAAUCGGCAUUUUUGCUCCAGUAUUUCUGGAACUAAAAAAAUCCCUCCGCGAAAUGCCACUGCAAUGGAGGCCGACAGCAGACAUAGUGAACCAUGUGGUCCAGUUCCUAUCCGACGAGAUGAUGAAAUAUCUCCCGCCCCUGUUGGGUAGUCUGACACGGGUUGUCAACGGAGACAAGACUGCACCGCGAAUUGCUCGAGCUUUCUCUGAUGAAUCAGCAUCACCCCCGAUAAUGUUGCUACAAAUCGAAAACGAAAUUCAUACCUUAUCUGCAGACCCCCAUCCACAACUAGCGCUCACCGCUGGUAAGGCUUGGGCAUCUGAUGAUGCUGAACAAGUUGCCCUGUGCAGCCCUUUCCCGAUUAUAUUGCUCACCUUGGUUGGUCCUAGGCUGGACCUCCAGGGGAUUGUCUUUGUAGAGCGCCCAAUCAUCGAAACGCUUGCAAAUCCCCUCGCUUUGGACCGCCGAAUAUCUAGCGAAUACGUUAAGGAGGUGGCAUGGUGGAUGCAUUGCGUCAAGCGAGCUGGGGACAAUCUGGACAAAUACUACAGACAGCUGAAGAAAGGAUUGGACAUUUCUAUCUCGCAGUAUCUGCCGGCCAUCACCCAAGUUGAUCUGCGGAAUCCGACCGCUGGGACCAAGUCAGCGACGAUUGUGUACGAAGACUGGAUUGAACCAGUUCGAGACUCGUGCCCGGAAGUACGGUUAAACAAGGCAGUCUUCUCAGCGACGCUUCAAAUGGUCAACGACAGAGGUGCAUACCAAGAGCAGGUUGUUGUCAAGUUCUGCGAAAGAUACGGGGAAGAUGUCCAUAGCUUUGUCGCGGAUCAGCCCGAUUGCGCGCCAAAGCUUCUCGCCGUGAAGAAGCUUUCUCCCUCUCUCUGCAUGGUCGUCAUGGAGAAGGUUCCGGAUCACAAGCAGCUACCCACUCUGGCAUUUAUCCCGGAACGACGGCGGAAAGAGAUUGAGAACCAGCUGCUUUACAUGCAGAGUAAGCUUGAGGAGCAGCAUUUUGUCCACGGCGAUUUGCGCUGUCCUAACAUCUUGCUCACCCGCGAAGACAAGGUCAAAGUUGUGGACUUCGAAUUUGCCAGAGAGGAAGGCUCAGUCUGCUAUCCUUGCGAUCUGAAUAUGAACGGAGCGAUAGAUUAG